AUGGAAGAUUUCAACAGAGCCAGGAACACAAGCUUCAGAUUGGGCUUGAACCAGUUCUCAGAUUUGACCACCGAAGAGUUCCAGGCAACCUACACCAUUACUAAGGUGACACCAAGGACUUCCAUCAACACGAAAGGAUCAUUUAGGGUCUCUGACGAUGCUUCAGUUCCGGAAAGCGUCAACUGGGUGGAAGCUGGAGUUGCUACCGAUGUAAGAAAUCAGGGCACGUGCGGCAUGAUGUUGUUGGGCAUUCGCAGCAGCAGCCGCGAUCGAAUCGAUUAUAAAUUUAGAGCAGACGAGUUAUUGGAUUUAUCUGAGCAGCAGCUCCUGGACUCCGUCACGGACGCUGGCUGCAAGGGAUUCAAGACAGUGACACCCAGCAGUGAGGCCGACCUCCUGAGGGCCGUGGCCCAGCAGCCUGUCUCUGUUGGCAUCACAGCCAGCGACCUGUUGAGGGCCUACAAGGAUGGGAUAUUCUGCAGUACUGACUGCAGGAACGUUCAAAACCACGCUGUUACUAUAGUGGUAUGGGAUAGCACCUGA